AAGAAAAGGCGGAACUUCCGAGAACUGUUGGAGUGUGUUCCUGUUUUAGCGACUCACAAACGUUGGUGCUGUUUUUGUUAGCUGCUAGCUAUGUCUGGCCAGGAGUUGCGCCUAAACCACACAAUUUACAUCAACAACCUGAAUGAAAAAAUAAAAAAAGAUGAGCUGAAAAAGUCUCUUUACGCCAUUUUCUCACAGUUUGGCCAAAUCCUGGAUAUCCUCGUUUCCCGGACGGUCAAAAUGCGAGGGCAGGCCUUUGUAAUCUUCAAAGAGGUCAACAGUGCCUCCAACGCUCUGAGAUCUAUGCAGGGCUUUCCUUUUUAUGAUAAACCCAUGCGUAUUCAGUAUGCCAAGCAAGACUCAGACAUUAUCGCCAAGAUGAAGGGUACGUAUGUGGAGCGGGAUCGCAAGAAGGAGAAGAAGAAGCCUAAAGCUGCGGAGUCAGGAGGGUCAAAGAAGGGUGCUGCUGCUGGCAUGGCUGGAGUUCCUGCUGCUAUGCCUGGAAUGCCUCCUAUGAGUCAAGCUCCUCGUAUGAUGCCAAUGCCAGGUCAGCCUCCUUACAUGCCACCUCCUGGUAUGAUGCCACCCCCAGGUAUGGGCCCUGGACAGAUGCCACCAGGUGCCAUGCCUCCAGGUCAGAUGAUGCCUGGGCAAAUGCCAGGACAGAUGCCUCAGCAGGUCUCCGAGAACCCGCCUAAUCACAUCCUGUUCCUCACCAACCUGCCAGAGGAGACCAAUGAGCUCAUGCUCUCCAUGCUAUUUAAUCAGUUCCCAGGGUUCAAAGAGGUGCGUCUUGUUCCGGGUCGUCACGACAUUGCCUUCGUGGAGUUUGAUAAUGAAGUGCAGGCUGGUGCAGCCAGGGAAGCAUUACAGGGUUUCAAGAUCACGCAGACUAACGCAAUGAAGAUCUCGUUCGCAAAGAAAUAACCAACCAGCCAACCUCCUACAUGACGUGCGGUUCCACAGGAAAGUGUAUACAGGAGUGUUCUGCACUGUACAUCCCUUUUAAUCAGUUAUCUGUGAGAGGAAGGCCAGUCACCAUCUACUGUGUACCUGGACCUGUGGUCAGGAGGUAAAUCUGGUAACGUAUGAUGGCCAUGUGUUGGUUAUCUGUGAGUGCAUAUCCUGAUAAGUUUUUAACAUGCUUUCAAAUCAAUGGCAUGGUCAGGGGUAUUUUUUUUUUUUUUUUUUUUGUUCUUUAAUCCCUCCUGAAGAGGAUCAACCUGGAGAUUGUAAGUAGGGUGUUUUUGUUUAAAUCCUUGACUUUAGUUUUGAAAAGCAUUGCACCCAGGGUCUGGUCACCCAGACAUUGUACCUGGAGCUUUCCUGCUUAAAUAAAUCAUUUUUUAAA